GCUGAAAUCUGCCUAUGCUAUGCAGAAUGAAUGAUAUAUAAAGGAGCAGGAACACUGUAGAUACUACUCAGCUUUGCUCAAUCUGCCCUGACAUUGGCUGUCACUGUGGAGGAAGGAUCAAAGUUAGUUUUACCAUGAAAAUCACUGACAUCCUGGGAGCUAGUGACAUCAACUCUGCAAUCUUACAAUGCAAAGCUCCUGAGUCAUUUGACUUCAAGAAGUUCUUCGAAGCAUGUGGUCUGUCCAAGAAAUCCACGGAGGAGGUGAAGAAAGUCUUUGCAAUUCUGGAUCAGGAUGGCAGUGGCUUCAUCGAUAAAACUGAGCUCAAGUUGUUUCUUCAGUAUUUCUCCAAUGGUGCGAGACAACUGAGUGACAAUGAGGCUCAAUCCAUGCUCUCUGCUGCAGACAAUGAUGGUGAUGGUAAAAUCAGGUUUGAGGAAUUCCAGCAACUAGUUCAAUCUUAAAGAAGACUAGAGAUGGGAAUAAGGAACUAAUCAAUGAAGCCUGCAGCCUGAUGCAUGCAGAUAUCCGAGUAUCUGUACACUGUGUUUAUAUAAUCAAGUAACAUAAAUGAAGUGUACGCUCCACAAAUGCAUUGUAUAGACAUGAUUGAUUUGUUUGCUUUUUAAAGGUCUCUCAAGACUAAAUAAAAUACUUAUUGAAACCAA